UCACAAACCAUGUCAUCAGGAGUUACUGAGAAUAUAUGCGAUGAGAACCAGAACUGUCCGAAAAGGAUUGGAGACAUCCAAUCAAUCGAUGAUUUGGAUUUCAAUAAACUGGAUCUCAUUAUGGGAGACACACCCGAAGACAUUAAUAAUAAGUGCUUACAGUUAUGUAAGGAUUAUUUGUCAGGCAAUUGGACGCAACAAACAUUGGACACAAUUGAAGUGCGAAGAGUUUCGGGGGGAUUGACUAAUCAGUUGUAUUAUUGCGGGAUUAGAAACCCAUUGAAUAAGUCAGAUGUGCCACAAGAGGUAGCCAUCAGACUGUAUGGACCCAAGCAUUUUAAUAAGGGUGAGAACCCGGGUAAUGAGAGACUCACCGAUACUAUCAUAUCGAUUAUGAUAUCUGAAAACAAAUUGGGGCCUAAAAUAUACGGACUCUUCGAAAGCGGACAAAUACAACAGUUUUAUCAUCACCGACAGUUUAAACCUGAAGAACAGAAAGAUCCCAAACUAGUGACCGAAGUGUUUCAAAAGUUGGCCCGAAUUCACGCCAUGGAUGUGCCCAUCAGGCGCGGCACCAUUUGGUUCAUCAAUGAUAUGUAUGAGUCGUACAAAUGGAUUGUCGAUAACAGCGUUUCCUACAAUCAAUGGCUCGAUGAAUACAAUUGCAAACUAUUAAAAGAAUGCGAUUUUAAGGCACACAUCGAAUAUAUUAAGGAUUUAUGCCAAAAGUCCGAGAGUCCAGUGNGGAUUUAUGCCAAAAGUCCGAGAAUAGUUGUAUGUGAUUUCGAGUACGCCAGUUAUGGUCUCCGGGGCUUUGAUUUUGUGUCUAUACUCAGCGAAUGGGGACGAAAACAGUUUGAUUUCAAGUCCAUCGAUGGUCUCCCACAAGACGACUCUGUAUUCAAUCCAUUGGUUGAGAUAUACGUUAAGGAAUGCGAAAGAAUUUUC